AUUAAAAUUUAACAAAAUUACAAUUUAUUAUUAUAUUAACAUUUGUGUUUUUAAGUAAACGUGAAUAUAAAUUUAUAUAUAAUUAACAUUACAAUUAUUUCGCAAAAGUUAUAUAAAUUGAUUGUUGACGAAAAUUGAUGAAAAUUGAUUGAUGUGUAACAAUGUUUAACAAUUGGUAUUAUUGCGAAUUUGUUAUAAAUCUCUUGUAUUGUCUUUAUUGGGAUUUCGUCCAUAAUAUUGUCUCAGACUGUUGUUUAAGAUUGUAUACAAAAGAUUUUUACAAUUAUGAAACCCAUGAAAUGACACCAAUAGUAGUAUAUACUGAGGAUAAGAUUAUCGAUGAUUUCAUUUAUUAUAACAGCAAUUAUAAAGAGUCUGACAAAACUGUUAAAGUGGUGCUCAUCAGUGAUGAUAAAGAAUUAAAUGAAAUUUUGCUAAAAGAUGUCAAUCUAAUGAUUAAUGCAUACGAUAUGAUGAGAUCAGUGAAGAUAUCAAAAGAUCUGAGAUUAAGACAAAAGCAAUACACUAUGAAAGUGUCGGCAAUUAAUAAACCAUUACUAUUACGAUCUCAACUAACAAAAGACAAAAUCACUUCAGUUUCUAUAGAAGAAAGAGUAAAUCAAAUGACGAGAAUCAGCGAUAAUGAGAUACAAUUAAUUGAUAAAUACAGUCGUUUAGUCAGUGAUGCCGUCAAAAAUGGUUUCAAAAUUCAAUGCAAUGAUCCGAUUAUCGUACCUUUUGAACCAUAAAAGCAUUUUAAUAAUUCAUUAA